UCAUUGGUGUCAGUGGGGGGGGGGGGUGGAGGAAUAGUGCCCCAUCGUUGGUGUCAGUGGGGGGGAGGAAAAGUGCCCCAUCGUUGGUGUCAGUGGGGGGGAGGAAUAGUAUCUUAUGAUUGGUGUCAGUGGGGGGUGGAAUAGUGCUCCAUGAUUGUGGGGGGGGGGAGGAAUAGUGCCCCAUCAUUGGUGUCAGUGGGGGGGGGGAAAGUGCCCCAUCGUUGGUGUCAGUGGGAGGAAUAAUGCCUCAUCAUUGGUAUCAGUG